AUGCGCUCGUAUCGCCCCUCAAAACCGCUAGGUCUGCUCCUGGUCGUGGCCUCGAUCCUUCUCCUCGCCAAUUUGGCCACUGCGCAACCGACCUCUUCCUCAUUGAUACCCGACGCGGACUCAUUUGCCUUGUCAAGCAAGCAAUCUAGUCACAAACACCACGAUGGCACUUACAAGAAACAGGUCCGAGACGAAUGGAGCUCGAUUAUGGGCUGGAUCGCUUGCUGGGUAAUUGUCUAUUCGCCUCAAAUGCACCAAAACUUCGUCUCCAAGUCCGCAGAAGGUCUCUCGAUUACUUUCGUUAUCAUCUGGCUCGCAGGUGAUGCCCUCAACGCUGCCGGUGCUUGGUUUCAAGAACUCCUCUGGACGAUGACCAUCCUCGCGCUCUACUACUGCGCAUGCGACUGCGUCCUCAUCUUCCAAUACUGGUACUACCGAAAAUACUACCACCGCGGUGUCAAGAUCUCCACCAUCUCGGCUUCGCUCGAGGCCAACGAACGCACCCCGCUCAUCGGUGACGGCAACGUCAUCGAGGACGACCUCUCCACGAAAAGCGACGACGACGACGAAGCCUCGCUCCGCACUCAGAUCAUCAUGUACACGCUUGCGGCGCUCCUUGUCGUCGCUACGGGUGUUGCUGCCUGGUGGGUCGCCGAACACCACUACGGCAGCGACGGCGGUGAUGCUACGCCGCCAGCUCCGCCUCGCGAACCCGUCGGAUGGCGAUGGGACGCCCAAGUCGCCGGCUGGCUCUCGGCGGUCCUCUAUCUCUCCUCGCGUGUGCCUCAGAUCCUCAAGAACCGCACCACCAAAUGCGAGGGUCUUUCGCUCGCCUUGUUCGUCUUUGCCGUGGCAGGCAACCUGACCUAUGUGGCGAGCAUCCUGCUCAAGAGCACCAAGCACGACUACAUUGUCGAGAGCUUUUCGUGGCUCGUGGGAAGCCUGGGGACCGUGUUCUUGGACUUUAUCGUGCUCGGCCAGUUUAUCCACUACCGCAAGGCUAGGAAGGAGAUUCACAGGUUGAGGAGGUCCAGCAUUGCUCAGCAUUCAGAGAGGCCGCGGGUUCAGCCAAUUCCGGCUUCUUCAGCAUAG